CAGUCUGAUUCUGACGUCUGAACUGUGCGGACGUGUGUUCAUUGUGUGAAAGAAGAAGAUUUGGAAUAAAAAUGAAGUUUUCUCUGGCUUUGUGCCUGAUUGCCAUUACAGCCGGCAUUGUGGUUGCGGAUGAGAGCAAAGGACCCAAAGUGACCGACAAGGUUUUCUUUGACAUCACCAUUGGCGGCGAGGCGGCAGGUCGUAUUGAGAUCGGUUUGUUUGGAAAAACUGUGGAGAAGACUGUGAGGAACUUCAAGGAGCUGGCUGAGAAGCCACAAGGCGAGGGCUACAAAGGCAGCAAGUUCCAUCGCAUCAUCAAGGACUUUAUGAUCCAAGGUGGCGAUUUCACCAAGGGCGAUGGCACUGGCGGCCGUUCUAUCUAUGGCGAGCGCUUCGAAGACGAGAACUUCAAGCUGAAGCACUAUGGCGCCGGCUGGUUGAGCAUGGCCAAUGCUGGCAAGGACACCAACGGUUCACAGUUCUUCAUUACCACCAAGCAGACCAGCUGGCUGGAUGGCCGUCAUGUGGUCUUUGGCAAGGUUCUCUCCGGCAUGGAUGUGGUGCGCAAGAUCGAGUCGAGUGCCACAGACGCACGCGAUCGUCCCGUUAAGGAUGUGGUCAUCGCCAACAGCGGCACCAUUCCAGUUCCCGAACCCUUCGCCGUCUCCAAGACUGAUGCCACAGAAUAAGCAAUAUUCACAUACAUAUAUAUAAAUAUAACUACCACUCGCAUAUAUACAUAUUAGUGUGGCUUUUAAACGAAAUGUCUUCUUAAAA